AUGAUACCCGGAAGCCGCCCUAUGAAGCAUAUUGAUCGCAAAGAUCUAUAUACGAAUCUAGAAGCCCGAAUCCAAUAUCUUCACACAUUUCUCGAUUUUAGUUCAAAUGAUAUUGAGGCGCUGAUUUGGGGAUCCAAAUACAUUAAGCAAUUGAUCCCGGCCAUUGUCAAUAUCGUCUACCAUAAACUGCUGCAGUACGACAUCACAGCACGCGCGUUCGAGACGCGGAGUACGAGCUAUGAAGGCCCGGUAGAUCCCAACUUGCAUGACAAUAGCCCUCAAAUCCUCCAUCGCAAGAUGUUCCUGCGGGCAUAUCUGGCCAAGCUGUGCUCAGAUCCCAGUACUCUUGAGUUCUGGGAGUACUUGGACAAAGUUGGCAUGAUGCACGUCGGUCGUGGGCGCGAACACCCGCUGCACGUGGAAUAUGUUCAUAUCGGCGCUUGUUUGUCGUUUAUACAAGACACCAUCACCGAGGCGCUCCUGUCGCAUCCGCGGUUACGGAUGGACAAGAAGAUUGCCUUGGUCAAGGCCAUUGGAAAAGUCAUCUGGGUACAGAAUGACCUCUUCGCCAAGUGGUAUGUACGAGACGGAGAGGAAUUCAGGGACGAGAUGGAGCAGCCCGAAUUUGAAAAGGAGGGCUACCUGAACGGCAAAAAGAUCCUGGCCGAUAUCGAGGAUGCGCCGGCACUGAAUGCAAAGUCGGCGGCUGGUGUCUGUCCCUUUACCGGUAAAGGUAGCGGCGACGCUGAUGCCACUGGGGGCACCUGUGGCGGUUGUGCAGACAAGGACGAUGACUGCAAGACCGUGGUGGCUUCGCAGACGUCCGAGGCAAAGUGA